UACAUACCAGUUUAAGUUUAUUUAUAAUUAAUACCUCGAACUCUUGAUCGUAGCUUAAUGUGAAAAUUCGGAAAAUUCAAUCUACAUAAAUUUGAAGUGAGGUGUGUAUGUAUCAUAUAUAAUAUUAAAAACCAUUUUGUAUUGACCGAUUAAUACAUAUAAAAUACAUGCAUUAUAAUACAUAUAAUUCUUCAGAAAGAUCUACGUUAUUAUUGGGGCCGAAUUAUCGAAUUAUGGCGAAUAUUUCCAAUAGAGCUAGCAAGAUAUUCCGAGAAAUGGGACUCGAGGAAGAUGGUCCUGAGCCUGAUAACUCGGAGACACAGUCGUUUAUAAAAGAAUUAGCACAGAAACAACUGUCCAAGCACACAUCGUUGUCAGAACAGUUAUCGUUCAAGCAAGACUUCAUCCAGGGUUCGAAUGAUGAAUUUUCUUCAAUAGAAUUGCCAGCUGGGCUAGCUGCGCUUGACAGAUUUUCAGCAUCAACUUCACAAUUGAGCUUCGACAAGCUACUUUUGAGCAGAGGCAUUGCCCAAGAGGAGCUCGACUUCUUUUAUGAUUUGAAAAAGGGAAGACAAUACCUUAAAAGCAAAUAUGCAAAAUUAGAACCAACUGCGUUGGACAGGAAGAUUAGUUUAGUUAUCAACAAAGUUAAAGUUGCAACUUCCUUUAAUACCAGCGGGAGCUCUUCAUCACCCCAAGAAUCAAAUUCAACUCAUUAUUACCCUCCUAAUCAUCCAAUGAAUCAACUAAAGGAAAUAGAAGUUAGCCUUUUCGGUCAUUUAAGAAAGUCACCUGAGCAAAUGAAUGAAGGUUUUAAAGUUCAGAAAAGAAAAAUUGAGGAAAAUGAACCAGUGUCGUAUUUGGCUGAAGGUGAAUCACAGUGGGAUAAGAAAAAACAGAAAAAGUAUCAGUUGCCUCAAAAAGCGCAAGCAACAACAGCAUCUCUAAAAACGUGUGCUCCAAAAACAUUCUACACUAUCAAGGAUGGGAAGACUGUCUUUUUAGGAAGGACUGCGCCACCAGAAGUGCCACCGCAAGAAACUCUAUCUAAACCUACUCUGGGGAAGCCUUAUGUUGCACCACAUCUCAAGACAACAAUCCCUUUGGAGAUAAUUAAAACAAAUUCCUUACCAAUAGCAGAAAUAAGAAAAAUUACCAAAUUCCAAAACUAUGAAAAGGGCACUCCAAGUAGGACUUUGUUUCUGAAAAACUUAUCAGGGUUGGUGCUAGAAAAAGAUCUGGCUGAGCUUUUUGGGAACUUUGAGCAAGAAGGAAGCCAAGCCAUCGUAUAUCGGUUGAUGGGAGGAAGGAUGAAAGGCCAAGCAUUUGUGAAAUUCCCAGAUGAGAAGACAGCGGAAAGAGCUCUUGACUGUGUAAUUGGCUAUCAACUGAAAGGGCGGCCAAUUAUCAUCCAGUUUGGAAAGGAGAGUUCAGCAAGCUGAAUAUUGAUGAAACCCUUUAGCUUCACAAAACUUAUAACUAAUAGACUGAAGUGUGAUAUUAAUAUAAAAAUAAAAUUAUGUUAACCAUUUUAUUGAAAUUA